AUGGAGACCAAGACCUAUGAUCCAGAGAGACAGCUCCCUAGGGCCCAGAGCGGGGACAGGAAGCUGAUAGCAAGUCUUUGGGACUGGUCAGUCAGAGACGUCAGUCAGAGACAUAGACGCAAGGACCACAUGUCCCUUCUCAUCUCCGAGAUGUUCUGCAGGGUGACCAGAAAACGCCCCAUGACACUCAGUGACACCAGCCCUCACUCCCAGAACCCAGGUUCCAUGGUGUCCCUUUCAGUGAAGUCCCUGCAAGGGCAUUAUGGGAAGGAUGCUUACCGAAGUGGAGGACCAGAUCUCCAUAACUUCAUCUCAUCUGGAUUUGUCACAUUAGGAAGAGGACACACGAAGGGUGAUCGUCAGUAUAAUCAUCCGAUCUUAAGCAGCGCUACCCAGACCCCUACACAUGAGAAGCCACGGAUGAAUAACAUCCUGACGUCGGCCACGGAACCCUAUGACCUCUCCUUCUCACGCUCUUACCAGAAUUUAGCCCACUUGCCUCCGUCAUAUGAAUCUGCAGUGAAGACCAAUCCAAGCAAGUACUCAUCUCUGAAGAGGCUAACGGACAAGGAAGCUGAUGAGUAUUACAUGAGAAGGAGGCACCUGCCAGACCUUGCAGCCCGUGGUACCCUCCCCCUCAAUGUCAUCCAGAUGUCUCAACAGAAGCCGCUUCCUCGAGAACGGCCCCGCAGGCCCAUCAGGGCCAUGUCCCAGGACAGGGUCUUGUCUCCACAUCGGGGGUUGCCAGAUGAAUUCGGCAUGCCCUAUGACCGCAUCUUGUCUGAUGAACAGCUGCUCUCCACAGAGCGCCUGCACUCCCAGGACCCGUUGCUGUCCCCAGAGAGGACAGCCUUCCCGGAGCAGUCGCUGUCGCGGGCCAUCUCGCACACGGACGUCUUUGUGUCCACACCAGUGCUGGACCGCUACCGCAUGACCAAGAUGCACUCCCAUCCCAGUGCCUCCAAUAACUCCUAUGCCACCCUGGGCCAGAGCCAGACAGCAGCCAAGCGCCACGCCUUUGCCUCUCGCAGACACAACACGGUGGAGCAGCUACACUAUAUCCCAGGCCAUCACACCUGCUACACAGCCAGCAAGACCGAAGUGACCGUGUGACCGACAGUGUGGCCAGGGCUGCUUGGCAGAGUCAGGGCAGGACAGAGCAGAGUAGGGCAGGGGCGAGGAGCACAGAAUCCCGCCUUGCUCUCCUCUCCUCCCUGGUUCGCUCCACUGAAGCUGGAGGUGGGCUGCCUUUGUCCAGAAAGCCAUACCCCCAGGGAGAUGGCACCAAAUGCCUGGUCCAACAAGCACGGACCCAGGCUCUUUAAAGCUCUUUCUCUCCCAGUAGACUUCCCCUGUAGAUGAGAAGUGUGGUGAGGUUCAAGUCUUUCAAACACCUACACCACUCCCUCAGUCCCUGCCCCGCCCCUUCCUGGGGACUCAGCUGCGGGUUCUGCCAGCCAGUGGACCCUCUCCUGAAGGUAAUCGGAAGCUGUCUGGGUUUGAACAGCCAGCUGGCUAGA